UGUACAACGCCAUAAUCUCUGAUAACAGCAGCCGAAGAGCACCGCGCAGACUUGUUGAUCAGUUACAGUUUCCCAUGGAUCCCGCACGGUUAAAAAUUUAACGUCACCGAUCUAUAGUAGUAUUAAUAUUAUUGUAUGAUCUAUAGUGAUUUUUUUUAUUUUAAUUUACCACUCCGAUCCGGCGUCUGACGAUCGUCCGAAAAAUGUGCGAGCAAACACGCUGAACAAAAUACAAUAUAAUGUAUAGAACCGUUUUGAUAUUUGUCUACUUUUUCAACAACUGUCAACCGGGCCUGUCGGAUCCAAUACUCGAUCAAAACGAUUCACUAUACAGUACAAACAAACCCAACCACGAUGUACCAAAUGAAUUUCACUUACAUGAAGCUCUGAGUUGGCCGUAUCCACGUAAAAUCGACGGCAGUAUCGGACACAUAUCUGGCGUUUCUGUGAGCAAAGACGGACUGGUGCAUAUAUUUCACCGAGCCAAUCGUCAAUGGGAUCAAACCACAUUCUUAGACAACAAUGUGUAUAGUGAUAAAGGCCAAGGACCCAUUUCCAGUCCGACGGUAGUAGUUCUAGAUCCGAACAAUGGUACGGUGAUUAACCGAUGGGGAGCAAACAGAUUUUUCAUGCCACACGGCAUCACUGUCGACCAUGAGGACAAUGUGUGGCUCACCGACGUAGCUCUACAUCAAGUAUUCAAAUUUGGGCCUAUCACAAAAAAUUGUUCGGAAAAUUUAUUAAUGGUUUUGGGAGUACGCUUUGAACCUGGGAACGAGUUAAACAACUUCUGCAAGCCAACUUCCGUGGCUGUGACCACUAAUGGCGAAUUCUAUGUAGCUGACGGCUAUUGUAAUUCGCGUAUAAUAAAAUUUUCAGCCGACGGGAGAGUUCUGUUGGAAUGGGGAAGAUCUACCAAAGUCUCAGGUGAACUCAUUGUACCGCCGUACCAACUGUGGAUACCACAUGCUCUUACGUUGGCCGAGGACAAAGGUUUGAUCUGCGUAGCCGAUCGCGAAAACAGCAGAGUUUUGUGUUUCAGCAUAGACAAUGGGACUUUCCAGUUUGAAAUAGUAUCGACCAUGUUUCAACGUGUGUUUAGUGUCGCUUACUCGCCGAUAGCAGGUGGACUGUUUUAUAUAAUCAAUGAUCGCAAUUCCGAUGUCAUAUCCGAAUCCUUAGUCGAAGGGUUUGUUGUAAAUGCAACAUCAUUGAAUUUAAUUGGCAGAUUUCAUCCUGCCGAUAAUCAAUUUUCACGACCGCACGAUAUGGCUGCUUCUCCGGACGGAAAAUCUGUGUAUGUUGUUGAACUGGUACCGUCUCAUGUCUGGAAAUUCGAUUUGGAUUUAUAUUUUCAAAAACUGUUUUUGAAUCGAAUCACCACAACAGCUCCAAAUAACGCAACGGACUCUUCGUUUAACAUUUACGAUUUGGAAAAAUUGUCCGGCAUCCGUGAUAAAUCCAGUCGGAAGGUCAUAGUGAUAAUGCUGUUGUUUGCCGUUGUUUUGUUUUUUAGCGCUGCAAUAUUCGCCACCGUUCUAAUAUAUUCAAGAACAAAGUCGAUGAUUCACCGGAGGGACGCGGCACUUGGUCGGUGGCAACCCAGGACGACCGGUGUUGCUGCCGAGGGGUUCACGCUGGGCAACAUGUUCAAUUACAAGCAAAGAGCCGGUUUCGAAAAACUAGCCACGGUCGAAGCGAGCGAAGACGACGACGACGACGACGAAGACAACGAUCUGAAAGUGAGAGCCUGAGCUUACACUCAUCACACUUAGGGCCUCGGAUUAAAUGUUUUUUUUUUUUUUUUAUCAUUCCUACACGUCGACACCCCCUCGAUUAAAAAAAAGGUCGUAGCUCGAUUUUUUUUUAUUGGAAUAACGUUGAGAAAAAAUCGGGGAAAAUGACAUGCCUACGACACUCCUAGUCGGCGGUGUCGAUUUGUAGGGUACUGAAAUCUAUUUGUUAAUAUACUCUAUAGUACAAUACUGAAUACUUAUAAUACUUAUAUUAUGUUACACAUUAGUAUUGUCGUCAGGGCCUUUUAACAUUUUAUUUUAUUUUACUUUGAAAGACUGUCUCGUGCGCGUUCGUUUGACCGUGGAAUUGUGCACAAUUCCGCGUCGACCGCAUAAUCAAAAACCGUAUACUUAAUGUAUUUUAUAACUUUUAAACUCUACAACUAUUGUAAUCGCCGUCAACGAUCAAUUUAUACAUAUAUAUAUAUUAUUGUCGACAAA